GCCAGGGCGAAGCAAGCCCGAUACGUUUACUCUGUUCGGGAGUGAAUUGAUCUUUGUACUGCGAGAGUGCUGAAAUAAUCUCUUGCCCUGUUAAUGUUUGCAUUUGUGCAGAGAUUUAAACAAGCCAACAUAGGAUAUGCACGUGUGGUAGGCGUAAUUACUUAUUUAUUGUGGCAGUGAAAGGAUAAAAGCGCUUGCACGUUGGCAUAAUCUUGUACCUUGCUAAAGAAUUAAAUCGCGGUUAACGGUGAAAUAGUCGACUUCUUCAAAGGGAAUCUCGCCUCUGUGAGUUAAAUUAAACCGGGCAUUGCUCAAUAAUCAGAUAUUUGUGUAGUGCACGUCUACAGUAUCAACGCUGAAGUUGGCUAUAAUUUUCUGAUAAAGACCGACCACGUCAACUUUCGCAAAGCACGAUGAGUACAGCCAGACCUCGCGUGGUGAACAUCAUGACAAUAUUGGUUGCAGCAACAUGUAUUCUAGCACCCGUUGUCUCUGUGCAAGUAUCGACGUUUUUAGAGGACAUUUUUAUUUUCUAUGGUGAAAGGGACACUUUAUCAACUGAAAACCUCGAGAAAAUGCUACAAUUACUGGAAACCAGAAACCCAGACCAAAUAUUGGAAGGAGGAAACUUAUCGAUACAGUCAAAGUGCCUGUCAGCGAAUGACAUUUUAUCUGAGUAUGGCUUUAGCAACCUCAGCGAGCUGAGUGCAGGUCAUUUGGAGAGAAUUUGCCCUGCCCUUCUGAACCAGGCUGUUCUGCCCCCCUGUCCCAUCAAUGCGCCCGUCACAGAGGAACCCCUGCAUGCCCACGAUGUCUGGGGAUUUGGGGUCUUGGCGGUCACCAUUAUUAAUCUGGCUGCACUACUUGGUCUGGCACUCAUCCCCUUCACCAAGAAGCCCUACUUCCCCAAGGUGCUGACCUAUUUCAUUGGCCUGGCCAUCGGCACCCUCUUCUCCAAUGCUGUGCUGCAGCUCAUCCCAGAGGCCUUGGGGUUUGAUCCAAAAUCUGACAACUACACCGCGAAAGCCGUCGGAAUAUUUGGAGGAUUCUAUUUGCUUUUCUUCAUAGAAAGAAUACUGCAGAUGGCACUAAAAAUCCACACUGAGCCUGCGCACAGUCACUUCAGUCCCCCAGAUCAGCUCCAGAACGGGGAUGUGGCGGGCAAAGUCGAAGUCAUCGCCGUCACCAGCUUCAGCAAUGUCAACAGUGACAAGGCCAGCAUGACCUCUGAACUAGCAGAGCAGGAAAUGCACGUCACCACGGGAACCUGCCGCUGGCUCAGGGGGGAGCGUGUCUCCAAGAUCAAGACGGUGGCGUGGAUGAUCACCCUGAGCGACGCCGUGCACAACUUCAUCGACGGCCUGGCCAUCGGGGCCUCCUUCACCGUGUCUCUGCUGACCGGCUUCAGCACCUCCAUUGCCAUCGUCUGCGAGGAGUUCCCUCACGAGCUGGGUGACUUUGUGAUACUGCUGAACUCAGGCAUGAGUAUCCCUCAGGCGAUUUUCUUCAACCUGCUGUCGGCCAUGUCAUGCUACCUCGGCCUGGCCAUUGGCAUCGUGGUGGGGAGCAACUUCGCUCCCAACAUCAUCUUUGCAUUGGCUGGAGGCAUGUUCCUCUACAUUGCACUGGCUGACAUGUACCCAGAGAUGAACGCCAUCAUGGCCGAACAGGAAAGGUCUGCCAAGAACUCCAUCAUCUUCUUCGUGAUACAGAACCUCGGCCUGCUGACAGGCUUCACAAUCAUCCUCCUCAUUACCAUGUUCGCUGGAGAAAUCAAUCUGGGAUAGGGGACAAGGAGAGAGAGAGAAGAGGCCUUUCUAGCAGUCCCAUCGCUAGAACUGCAACCCCCAUCCCAAGUCGUGGGUCCUGACCAAUGCAUUGUGGUCUCCACUGUGACUCGACCACUACCGCUCUCAAAGAUGCACAAUGUUGCCGUGGCAAUGUUUUGAGAACACUGUGGCAGUUGGACCAAACCACUCCUCAGAGAUGACGAAUCUGUUUUGAUUGAUCCAGUGAUUCCUGGACUUUGUAGUUCAUGUGAUGAAGCAUUAUUUAUUACAUGCAUUAUUAUCAAUCACAGUACACUGCAGCAUUGGUUUGCCUUUUGUUAUUUUGCUGCUAAUCCAUGAGCUUCUGUUGAAAGCUGUGAAAGAAACAACAUCAAUCAGGCCAAAGAGUUUCCUAAGAUUAACCUUGCUGGGCAUUGACUGCCAAACCAUUCAAUUUGACAGCUUUUGCUGUAAGAUGCCAUAUAUGUAUCAUGUCCGUAAUAAAAAUCACUUAAAAGGUUUGUGGCAGUUGGUUAUGUAACCUUGUUCUUGUGAGGUUCCAGUGGUGCUGUAAAUAUAGCUGUACAUCAAAGAAGGGAAUAUAGAAUUUGACAUGUCCGAGAGUUGUUUUCAUGGUUCUUUUAUUGCUGGGGCGGCAAGUGAUUUUUAUGCAAUAGUCUUCUAACUUAUAGCAAGAAUGUCUUGAAAUAAUUCAGUAUGGUUUUUAUAAAAACUUGAAGAUUUUCUAACGAAUAGUAGUCACUGAUUUUGUAAUGAGGAAACAACUGUGAGAAUGGAAAGCUCAUAACAAUUUCAUAAUUGUAACACUGCCAUUUUUUACCAUCACAUUUUUGAACAUUUUUUUCAGUUUUUUACACAAUCAUGUUUGGUAAAAUGCAAUAAAAAAAUAUAUUUUAAA